GUCUUGCCUCGCAGUCGACCUGGCGUCAUUCGGAUAGUGUACGUCAUUACUGAUGGCGCCAACGAUCAGUCCGUGAUGGCGAUCAGUGAGGCGGAGAGGUUGCGCAGUCAGGGUGUUGUGAUUAGUGCGUUGGCUGUUCGUCCGCGUGCGUCAGCAAUCCGAUUCAUCACACAGUUGGUCUCGCCGCCCAAGCAAGCUCAUCUCUCCAUUGCGCCCGACGCGAAGGAGGCAGGCGGAAUCGCGUCUCCGCGACUCGAGAAGUUCGCUGAACAGGUCGUCUCAGGCAUAUGCAUCAAAGGUGAGAACAUUUUGGCUGCCCAGGCAAUCUGGCUUUAA